GCCAUGUUCUAUUGUACUGCGCCCUCUGGUGAAAGAAAAUGCCGUAAAGGAUGUUGUAAAGAUGGACAUGGAUGAGGAUGACAACAUCCUACCCGUACACACUCCUGUUUGCAAUCCAGAAGGGCAGCAGGAUGUGCUGGGUAUAUUUGAUAUGGGCGAUGUGGGCCUGACCACAACACAUUCACAGCCUUCAUUCGAUGGUGGGAACUUUCACCUCAAGGUUCUGGUUCCCGCAAUAGCAGCCGGCGCCAUCAUUGGGAAGGGAGGCGAAACCAUCGCUCAGCUGCAACGGGAGACUGGAGCCAGAGUGAAAAUGUCAAAAGCCAAUGACUUCUAUCCUGGAUCAUCGGAACGCGUGUGCCUAAUCUCAGGUAAUGCAGAGAACAUCCUUCACACCCUCGACUUCGUAAUGUUGAAGAUUCUAGAGAAACCUGACCCAACGGCCAAGGCAGCGAUUGACUAUGAUCACAAGUUUGCGGCACAGAGAGAGAAACAGGUCAAGGUGUUGGUACCAAACAGUACUGCUGGCAUGAUCAUAGGCAAGGCUGGAGCCAAUGUGAAGCAUAUCAAGGAAGAGAGUGGAGCCUACGUACAGAUAUCCCAGAAGGCUAAGGACGUGACGCUGCCCGAGCGCUGCAUCACCGUCAUCGGCGACCUCGAGCAGAACCGCCGCGCCUGCGCGCUCAUCCUCGACAAGAUCGUCGGCGACUCGCAGAGCAGCAGCUGCACGAACCUCAGCUACGCCGACUUCUCCGGACCCGUCGCCAACUGCAACCCGACCGGCUCACCGUUCGCACGAUCCCCGUCCGCGGGGGCGCCACCGUCGGGCGGCCCCACGCUGAACAGCGGCGGCGGCGGCGGCGGCGGGUCGGCGCUGUUCGAGAACAUGCAGGCGCUGCUGCGCAAGUGCGGCUUCUCGGAGCAGGCGACGGCCGAGAUCACGGUGGCGAUGAACACACUGGCGAGCUACGGCCUGCUGAGCGUCGGCCUCGGCGGGCUGCAGGCGCUCGCGCCGCACGCUGGCCCCGCGACGCACCCGGCCCUCCAGGGCCUCGUCGGGCUCGGCGCCGGCCUCCUGCAGGGUAAACCUCCCGGUGGUGGCGCCGGCGCAGGCGGUCUCGGGUACACGGGCGCUGCGGCUGCUGCGGCCACCGCCUACGGGCCGGUCGGAAGUCCAGGCAGCAGUGGGCAGAGCGCGGGGGGAGGCAUGGCUCAGGCUGAUCGUCAUCAUCAUCAUCAGCAGCAGCAGCAGCAGCAGCAGCAGCAGUUCGACGCUGCGCUGACCGAGUUCCAGGAGAACGUGAGAAUGUCGCCGUCCUCUAGUCCAUGCUACGCCAGCAACUCGUUUGGCCUGAGAGCCGGAUCGCCGCUCGAGAUCACAACUGAUCAGGAAGAUGUUAGCACUGUAGCUCUCGAAGUGAACGAAAACAUUGUCGGAGCGAUCCUUGGCCAUGGUGGGCGUUCUCUAUUGGAGAUCCAGCAGCGCAGCGGCGCCACCAUCCAGAUCAGCAAGAAAGGCGUCUACGCGCCCGGCACACUCAAUAGGUUGGUGACGAUUACCGGUUCGCCCGCUGCCCUACAGGUGGCGCAACUUAUGAUCCAGCAACACAUAAGCCAGGAGGAGACUAGGCGGCAGCACCAGAACACGGUGCCUGUCGGUCGUUAGCACUACCCACGUGUCACGCGAGUGCACAUGUGUGUCGUCGUCAUUACCCUCCACACAGCUUCCGCCUGUUGGUCGUUAGCACCUGCUUGCAUCACCUGUAGACAUUUUGCGUCGUUUUUCGCACUGCUGAUAUUCAUGUGUCGACGCGUUUGUUGAGCGACACGAGAGAAAGACUGGCGGUGUAGUUGCAGCUGCGGCCGAUGUGACUGCACUAGGAAUUUGGUUGUGUUAGUGAUGUAUGAGUGCGGAUGAGCAGUAACUACUGGGCAACAGCUGCGUGCGAAAGCCACCAGCGCGCUAAUAGACAGGCAAGCCGGUGAGUGCUUGUGGGUCCGUGCUAAUAUUGUAAAAUUGAUUACUUCUUUCACAACCUGCCACAGAAGUCCUCUUUUAUCACCUAUGAAGGUCACCUCUGUGGCAUCACCUCUGAAGGCACAUGGUUUAGCAUGAGGUGUGUGCGUGUGUGUGUCUGUGCGUGGGCACGUACGUGUGGUCAUUUUGUGAUUGGUCUUAAAAGAGGAGGAAGAGUGCAGACUUGAACUAUGACUGAUUGUGGUUGCAUGAGUUCGUCUUUGGUUAGGAUCACAAGGUGGCUCACUGAAAGUGAUUUUAUUAGCAUUGUCUCAUGCGUUUGUGAAAAUGGGCAUCCAAGAUGCUAUGUACAGGCAUGAACAUGUCUAUCUUGCCUUAAUAACUAAUGUUGGAUAGAUAUAUUUGUCAUCCAGUACAGGUUAUGUACAGUACUGCAACAGUUUCUUGCAAUUGCUACUGCACUUACGGUGUGUGAAUUUAAAUAACUGUUUGAUAUGUGAUUUGCCUUCUUUGAGUGUUUGUAAUGGAGAGGUAAACAGAAUGUGAUUAGAUAAAUUUUUAAUAUGUGAAUAUAGAUAUGGCCCGUGGAAUAUUUUGACAGAUAUUUGCAAAUGCAGAUUAAAUCAUCAGCAUAUUUAGUAUACCGAGUUUUAAUAUGGACAUUAUAUCAGCAAUAGCAGCAAUGGGUAAAACUGGUAUAUAUAUAUAUAUAUAUAUGACACAUAGGAGUAUGUCUGGCCUAGUAGCACCUUUAUUGUUAUUGGUGUACAUAUGCCAUGCACCUAGUGGUAAAGUUAGAACAAUACCUUUCUGCAUGACCUGCAUGGGUGUGCGAUAAUGUAAUCAUGUACA